UAUAUAGUUGCAGUCGUCAAGCUUGUGAAUCAAUGGAGCCGGUAGCACAUGCGGGUUGUAUUUUGAAAGUGGACGUGCAAUGCGAUUCAUGCAAGUUAAACGUCCUGGAAGUUCUGAGUUCCAUAAAUGGUGUAUAUUCAGUUAGCAUCGACGCUGAGGAAGGACUUGCUAGGGUUUCUGGGGAAGUGGAUCCGAACAGACUCUUGACUGCUCUGGCAAGGUCCGGCAGACACGCAGAGGUGAAGAUUGUGAAUCUCAGGCAUCCAUUGUUGAAUCGUGGCUAUGGAUCUUCGUCUAAUUACGAAAAUGGCUACGGCUAUGGUGCCAUCGAGGAUCCGUAUAUGUACGCCGGCAGAAGAGGGUUGCCGGAGUAUCCCAUGGGCGGCGGCGGCGGCGCCUAUGAGGCGCACCACCACGGCAAUGUUAAUUAUCCGAUAAGGGGAUACGGUUGGCAUGCGGCGGCCGCCGGUAAUCCUUUUUACGACGUUUCUAGUUAUCAGCGUUAUGCGGCCCAAGCUCUAUCGUCACCCUUUCGAUAUGGGCAUUACAACUAUUGCUAAGACCUAAGAGGCUUCAGUGGUGAUCGAUCGCUUAUCACGUCAUAGCUAUCCGCGGAAUUUUUCAACAUUUUAUUUUAUUUAAACAAAUAUUCGUCAUUUUUCUUACCUUGUAUUAUA